UUGAGUCUUGGUUUCACACUUUGCUCUGCCAGCACUUAGUGGAGGUGGGCAUGCCCUGGACCAGACCCCAGGUGGAGCUUCCUGCUGGCGGAGCAGAGGCCAUGGACCAGCACAACAUAGACGACCACCACUUUGAUGGCUCCCUGUUCCCCACCUCCACCCUCAUCCCCGUCACUGUCAUCUGCAUCCUUAUCCUCAUCAUCGGGGUGACGGGCAACACCAUGACAAUUCUCAUCAUCCAGCACUUCAAGGACAUGAAGACCACCACCAACCUGUACCUAUCCAGCAUGGCAUUGUCUGACCUCCUCAUCUUCCUGUGCCUGCCCUUUGACCUGUACCGCCUGUGGAAGUACGUGCCCUGGCUGUUUGGGGACGUGGUGUGCCGCUUCUAUCACUAUAUCUUUGAGGGCUGCACCGUGGCCACCAUCCUUCACAUCACGGCGCUGAGCAUUGAGCGCUACCUGGCCAUCAGCUUCCCCCUCAGGAGCAAAGUGGUGCUGACCAGACGCAGGGUCCAGUAUAUCAUCCUCGCCCUGUGGGUUUUUGCCCUGGUGUCUGCAGCUCCAACGCUCUUCCUGGUUAGCGUGGAGUAUGACAAUGACACAAACCCGGACUACAAUACCGGGCAGUGCAAGCACACCAACUACGCUAUUAGCUCUGGCCAGCUGCACAUCAUGCUUUGGGUGUCCACCACCUACUUUUUCUGCCCGAUGCUCUGCCUCACCUUCCUCUACGGCUCCAUCGGGUAUAAGUUGUGGAAAAGCAAAAAUGACCUGCAAGGCCCCUGUACUUUGGCACGUGAAAGGUCGUACAGGCAAACUGUCAAGAUCCUGGUGGUGGUGGUGCUGGCCUUCAUCAUCUGCUGGCUGCCUUACCACAUUGGCAGGAACCUCUUUGCCCAGGUGGACGACUAUGAAACGGCCAUGCUGAGCCAGAACUUCAACGUAGCGUCCAUGGUGCUGUGCUACCUCAGCGCCUCCAUCAACCCCGUGGUCUACAACCUCAUGUCUCGGAAGUACAGGGCUGCAGCCAAACGCCUCUUCCUGCUGCAUCAGCCGCCCAGACAAGCCCAGCGCGGCCAGAGACAGCUCUGCGUGAACGACCACAUCUCCACUCUGAAUGAAAGCCUGACUGGGGUCUGAGGGCGCACUCUUAAACAGUGUUUUUUUUACAGCCGUGUUUGACUUCAUCACCAAGGGAGAGUUUGCAGGCGUCUUUAAAGUUCAGGAGUUGCAAAAAAAGAGGAAACGCGAUGAAGAUGUGUAGAGGGGAAUGCUUGUUCCAUUUUGUCUUUUAGUGGGGAAAGCAGGGCUGAGAUCUCCACUGCACUUCAAUGCAAAAUCAGAUUUACCACACCUCAGUGGUAUUUUGUUCACAGAGACUGGGUGAACGAUGUCACAUUUAAUUUAUGUUGCCAAGAAAAUGAGAAUUCAGUGGAUUUCAAGCAAUUGCCAUUUUCAUGUUUCAGUGUUACACCUCAUGCAAAAUGAUUUAUCUGUACAUUGUGUGCUGCUUUACGUUGUUUCUUGCUCUGUGUCAGCGCUUACUGAACAUGUGCACCAGUUCAGUUCACAGUUACCAUCAGUCCACAGCACUGAUUAGUACGGGAUCCUUCUUUGUUACAGCAAUGACAGAUGAGGUUCAUCCACAUUUAAAAUGACUGUUCAUUUAUUAUGUUUAAUUGUAGUCUCAGCUACAUUGUGUUGUAAGAUUGAAUUUGU